AUGGAUGAAGAUGGACUAUACCAUUUUGAAGGGCCAUCAACGUCGGGUACUUCGACUAAACGCGGUAAAAGCAACCAAAUUAUAUCAUCACGAGUACGAGAAAGAGAACGAGGACAAGUACAAGGACAAGGACAAGGACAAGGACGAGGACAAGGACGUGGACGAGGACAUGGGCAAGGACAGCGCCGGGAACUUGGACAAGGACUGGAACAAGGACGUGAACGAGGACAUGGGCAAGGACAGCGCCGGGAACAUGGACAAGGACGGGAACAAGGACGUGAACGAGGACAAGGACAAGAACAGCGCCGGGAACAUACAACGGACAAGGACGGGAACAAGGACGGGAACAAGGACGAGGACAAGGACGAGGACAAGGACGAGGACAAGAACGUGGACGAGGACGGGGUACUUUAA